AUGACUUGCGGGAGGGCGGAGCAGCGCGUCCAAUGCGGUCGGGAGGCGGGGCUGGGCAGCGGCCGUUGCCGUCUGUCGCAGGAGGCAGCCGCGGGCUGGUGGUGGGUGUGUGAGGUGAGAGCGGGACGUGGAGCUGCUGUCAUGAGCUACUCAGGUUAUGGCAACUGGAACUCUGGGACAAACAGAGGAUAUGAGGGAUAUAGUUACGGCUAUGGAUACGGUCAAGAUAACUCUGGCAAUUAUGGGUAUGGUAUGGCCACUUCAAACGCUUGGGAAAUGCCUAAUUCAGACACAGACCCUAACGCUUCCACUGGCGCCGAUGCUGUUAUAGCAAAAAUGAACCAGCGCUUAGAUAUGGUGUCUCAUCUAGAAACGGACACAAUGCAAGGAGGACAUUAUGGCUCCAGUGGAGACAGGUAUAAUACAUAUGAGUCCUACGACUCAAGGUCUUCACUGAACGACCGUGAUCUAUACAGAUCCGGCUAUGAUUACAGUGAGGCUGAACAUGACACCGAAAAUGCCUAUGAAGGUUGCUAUGACAGCUUCUAUGGGAACCACAGGGACCAGUACCAGAACAGAGCAUGGGACAACUUUGGCCAGCGGGGUCAGAACUGGGCCAGAGACGGGCGAAAUAACAGACCCAUGGCAUCUUCAUAUUCCGGGCACAUGGGCGGACAGUGGAAUGAGCCGCCACAGCCAAUGGGAGGGCGGGGCCAUGGCCCCCACGGCUCCUCUAGGCUCCCAUCCCUCUUCUCCCACAACAUUAUCCCAGAACUCAGCAUGUUCCAGGGAAUGCGAGGUUUCUCUGGAAACAUGCGCUUUGGAGGAGGCGGCAUGAAACAACGAAUGAGGAGAAACUGGAAAAUGUGGGACGCAGACUUUAAAUCACAGAAAAAGAAAAUCAAGAAGGACCCUACCUCUAAGAAGAGAAAACAAACUGACAGCACUGAUGAACCUGAUAGCAAGGCAGCAAAAACUGAUGGCUCUGACAACUCCGACUCUGAGAAUGAGGAAGGGACUGAAGGAGAAGCAGCAGAGAAGGAGGGCUCCAAAGCUGAGGGUGAAGAUGAAGAAGGAAAAGAUUCUGAGAAAGGUGCUUUAACAAUUCAAGAAGAGAUCAGUCAAAUCAAGCGCAAAUUGCAGGCAGGCAAGAAAACUCAAGAGAGGCAGAAAAAGAGGCAUCGGGAUCGCAUGGUAGAAAGGAUUCAGUUUGUUUGUUCACUGUGCAAAUAUCGGACCUUCUAUGAGGAUGAGAUGAAUGUUCAUCUGGAAAGCAAAUUCCACAAGGAGCAUUUCAAAUUUGUUGGAACAAAACUGCCUCAGCAGACAGCUGACUUCCUCCAGGAUUAUGUUGCUAACAAAACAAAGAAAACUGAAGAACGCCGUAAAGCAAUUGAAGACAUUAAUGCAGUUAUUCAACAGAUCUAUAAAGACCAAGAUCUUACCCAAGAUAUUGGCAUGGAACACUUUAUUAAAAAGGUGGAGGCUGCUCACUGUGCUGCAUGUGACCUCUUCAUCCCAAUGCAGUAUGGAAUUAUCCAGAAGCACCUGAAGUCCCUUGACCACAACCACAACCGCAGAGCCAUGAUGGAGCAGUCCAAGAAAUCAUCUUUAGUAGUUGCAAGAAGUAUUCUCAAUAACAAACUAAUCAGCAAGAAAUUGGAGCGGUAUUUGAAGGGUGAGAAUCCCUUCACAGAUGAUCCAGAAGAGAAAGAGGAGCAUGAGGAAGGAGAGGGUGGAAUGAGUGGAAAUGCUGAAGGAGCAGAUGGAAACAAAAUUGAUGAAGAAAAUAAAGAUGAGGAAAGCCAAGACCGUGAGGAGAACCCAGAAGCAGAAACAACUGAGAAUCAUGGGGAGCAAGAGGAGAUUCAGGCAGAGGCACAGGCAGAAGUAGAAGCAGACUACACAGAGGAAAAGACUUCACAAGUUGCAGAGGAAACCCUCACUGCUGAGGAGGAAGAGCAACUGCUGGAAGGAGGUGAGGAAGAAAGCAAAGAAGUUACUGCAGCAGAAGAGGAUGAGCCCUUGGAGGGAGGUGAGGAAGAAAUCAAAGGAGUUACUGCAGCAGAAGAGGAUGAGCCCUUGGAGUAGACUCUGGAUGAGGAAGCUGACCUGUUUAAGACCCAGCAUUAAGUUUUUUAAAGCAUAACUAUCUGUGAAACUUCAUAGUAUGUUUUUGGUUAUCAUUCUACUAAACUUUCACCUAGUUAUGGCAGUUGAAAGCCUCUAUCUGUAAAGUGUUUUUGGAAAUAGGUUUUUUUUUUUUUUUUCCAACCAAACCUUCAUUUUAGUAGCUAGGUUUUGUGCAGUCCAAGUUUUUAGAUGGCUUUGUACUAGAAGAAUUUCCUUUGAGCAUGUGUACAAAACAAAUUGUGCCUAAUGCACUACGUACUAAAUCACAAUCUGGCAGAUUAAACCUCUUACUAUUGUCCCUGUAAAACUUUUAUAUAUUUAAAAAAAGUGAGUUGUCCCUUAGCCAGCCUUCCUGGAAGCAAAAGGAGUCUCAAAUCCAGGGUUUAAAAAUCUGCAGUGUAUGCUGUAAAUUCUGCAUAAUUUCCAUGUGACUGUAGUACUCUUCCCAAUGUUUUACUCUUCCUUUUUAAUGCAAAGCAAAAAUAAGUGGUGUCAACAUUGUAUUGUUUGUAAAAUGCUUUCACUUAAAGGUGAAUGUUUUCGGUGGGUGGAGAUAAAGCACUACACUGAUAUUA